AUGGCCGGUUUGAAAGACGUUGUUACUCGUGAAUACAACAUUAACAUGCACAAGAGGUUGCAUGGUGUUACUUUCAAGCAAAGAGCUCCAAGAGCCGUGAAGGAAGUCAAGAAGUUUGCCAAAUUACACAUGGGUACUGAUGACGUCCGUUUGGCACCAGAAUUGAACCAAGAAAUCUGGAAGAGAGGUAUCAAGGGUGUUGCAUUCAGAUUGAGAUUGAGAAUUUCUAGAAAGAGAAACGAAGAGGAAAACGCUAAGAACCCAUUGUUCAGUUACGUUGAACCAGUUUUCGUCUCCUCUGUCAAGGGCCUACAAACCGUCGUCGUCGAAGAGGAAAACUAA